AUGGUUGCCACUUUGCUUGCGGAUCAAGAAUUUCAACCCAGCGAUAUGAAAUCUAAUACAACAUUCAAAGAUGUCAAGGGUGUUGAUGAGGCUAAAGCUGAGCUCGAGGAAAUUGUUCACUAUCUUCGAGAUCCCAAGAAAUUCACCCGCUUAGGAGGUAGACUUCCAAAAGGUGUUCUACUUGUCGGUCCACCCGGCACAGGUAAGACGAUGUUAGCAAGAGCAGUUGCAACAGAAGCCGACGUUCCCUUUUUCGCACCUAGCGGCAGCGAGUUUGAUGAGAUGCUUGUGGGCGUUGGAGCUAGGAGAGUGAGGAAGCUUUUUAAGGCUGCAAAAGAGAAAUCCCCCUGCAUCAUAUUUAUCGACGAAAUAGAUGCUAUUGGGGGAGAACGAAGAUCCGAUCACUAUAGGGAAACUUUGAACCAGCUGCUAGUUGAGCUAGAUGGCUUCAAACAAAACGAUGGUAUAAUUGUGAUAGGUGCUACUAACUUUCCGGAAUUAUUGGACAAAGCUCUAGUGAGAGCUGGAAGAUUUGAUCGUCAUGUCGUUGUCACUAUGCCAGAUGUUAAAGGCCGGAGAGAGAUAUUGGAGUCAUACAUAUCGAAAAUAGCUGCGGCGGAUGGUGUAAACUUGGGGGUUAUUGCAAGAGGAACUGCGGGGUUUUCACCUGCUGAUCUUGCAAACUUGGUUAACAUUGCAGCUUUGAAAGCAGCAGUUGAUGGUGCUGAACAAGUGAGCAUGGCUGAUCUUGAACAUGCAAAGGAUAGGAUCGUAAUGGGAAACGAGCGCAAAUCAGCAGUUAAAUCUGAAGAGCUGCGAAAGCUGACGGCAUUCCAUGAGGGUGGCCAUGCACUUGUAGCUGUUUAUGCCGAUGGCGCACUUCCGAUUCACAAGGUGACGAUUGUGUCACGAGGAAUGUCUCUCGGCAUGGUUGCACAAUUGUCCGAAAAGGACGAUGAGAUGAGAAGAACGAAGAAGCAGAUGCUUGCUGAGCUUGAUGUUUGUAUGGGAGGUCGUGCUGCAGAGGAGUUAAUAUUCGGAGAGAAUGAAGUUACUUCCGGGGCAUCAUCUGAUAUUCAGAAGGCAACUUCUUUGGCAACAAAGAUGGUCACAAAGUAUGGAAUGAGCUCCAAGAUCGGGCUUGUUUAUCACGACUACGAAGAAGGCAGAAGCACAUUGAGUGCUGAAACUAGAAGUCUUAUUGAGAAUGAGGUGAAACAACUGUUGGAAAAGGCAUACAAGAAUGCAAAACAUAUAUUGAUGAGUCAUCUUGAAGAGCUUGAUGCAGUAGCUAAUGCAUUACUGGAGCACGAGACUCUUUCUGGGAGUCAGAUCAAGGAAUUACUUGAUCAUGAAUGGAACGUAUGGUGA